CAUUCCGUUAUUGAACGCGAUCCUAAAAUGAAACAAUCACCAAGGAAUAUGUUAACAUACACGAUUUACUCAAUUUUUGCGACGAUGUUAAUCUGCUGGUGGGCAAUGGUAUCGGCUAUAGAGCAACCGGACCUAAUCGGUCCCGAAGGGGUUUUCGAAAAAUCCGUGUUGGAUAAGAUGAACUCAGAAAAGGGCAUGACUAGGGACGUUGCAGAAAUGAUGGUUGCGGCUGAGUCAUUAUCUGCGAACGAUCCUGGGACGAAAAAUCUCAACAAGGCACUAAACAUCUUGGAUGAGCUUCAAAGGUGUUCGGCAGAUUUGUUUGACAAGAUGUAUGAUGACUUCUUGGAUAUGUAUCCAUGUUGGCGAAUGUACCUAUUAUCUAAUGAUGAGGCACAGAAAAAUGCCUUAUUGAAAGAAUACAAAACCCUAUUGAGGAGAUUCAACAAAAGUCAAGAGAAUCUGAUCCAAGAAUUAGGAGCGCUCGUUGGAAUGGAAAAAGCCCUAUUGCCGUCAAAUGUGUACGUCGAUCCCAAAAAUAAAGUCCUGCCUACGACAGAUGUAGGAGAGAUACUCAAAAAUUUAUGAUGAUCGCCAUUGAUAUCAUGUGUUAAUAUGGUCAAUAUGUUAAUAUUUAAUACUUAGGAAAUUAUUGUCGUAAUUAUCUGAAUUUUACUGUAAAAAAAAAUAAUAAUAAUCAUAAUAAACCAUUGAUACAUUUUUUUUUA